AAAUGAUCAUGAGCUCGACCUCAUCUAUAAAACCUUGCCUUAACCGGGGCUUCUCAGACUCGUCCAACUGACCGGUCAAAUUCCCCAACGCCACGCGGUCUUUUUGCCACAGCUGAAGAAACUACACUUCUGUCUUCUCCUCCCGCGCCUGCUCUGCUCAUGGCCGGUCGACGCCUCCAAUGGUCGGCAGCCGCGCUCCUCCUGCUCUUCCUUGUCGCCGGGGCCGGAGCGGCGGCGGCGGGGACCGGGCGCAGGGAGGUGGUGACCUCGCCGCACGGCGCCGUGGCGGCGGACGACGGCCGGUGCUCGAGGAUCGGGCGUGACGCACUCCGCGCCGGCGGCACCGCCGUGGACGCCGCCGUGGCCACGUCCCUCUGCGUCGGCGUCGUCAGCCCCGCGUCGAGCGGCGUCGGCGGGGGCGCGUUCAUGCUCGUCAGGCUCGCGGACGGCACCGCCGUCGUCUACGACUCCCGCGAGACCGCGCCGCUGGCCGCCUCAAAGGACAUGUACGGUGGCAACACGACGCUGAAAGCAAGGGGCGCGCUCUCCAUCGGGGUCCCGGGGGAGAUCGCGGGUCUCUACGAGGCAUGGAAGCGCCACGGCAAGCUCCCGUGGAAGCAGCUGGUGAUGCCGGCCGCGAAGCUCGCCAGUGCGUUCAGGGUGUCGCCGUACUUGCGGAUGCAGAUGGAGGCGACCAGAGCUGGCAUCCUCGCAAAUGCCGGGAUCCGGACCGUGUACACCGGCUCCAACGGGGACAUCCUCAAGGUCGGCGACUUGUGCCGCAACGAUAAGCUCGCCAGGACGCUCCGGGCCGUCGCGCGGAGAGGGCCCGGCUUGUUCUACAGGGGCUCGGUGGCGAGAAGACUGGUGAAGGAUGUGAGGGAAGCUGGUGGGAUCAUGACGAUGGAGGAUUUGAAGAAGUAUCAGGUUAAGGUGCGGCGCCCACUCUCGCAGCGUGUCAUGGGGCUCACCGUGCUGAGCAUGCCUCCUCCUUCUGCUGGUGGCGCCGGGCUCAUGCUAGUUUUGAACAUCCUUGCUCAGUAUGGAAUUUCUGGCGUUUCUGGCUCUCCUGGGAUUCAUCGCAUUGUAGAAUCCUUGAAACAUUACAUGGCUAUAAAGAUGAACCUUGGAGAUCCGGACUUUGUUAAUGUUAGUGAUGUUAUCUCUGAUAUGCUUUCUCCCAAGUUUGCUGCUGAGCUGAAGAGAACGAUUUAUGAUAACAUGACAUUUUCCCCUCAACAUUAUGGUGGAAGGUGGAACAUCCUUCAGGACCAUGGAACCAGCCACCUGUCAGUGGUCGACGGCGAGAGAAACGCCGUCUCCAUGACAAGUACUGUCAACUCCUAUUUCGGGUCCCUGAUCCUGUCCCCGAGCACAGGUGUUCUGCUCAACAACGAGAUGGACGACUUCUCCAUGCCGGCCAACACCUCUGCCAACUCUCCACCGUCAGCUCCCGCCAAUUUCGUCAGCCCUCUGAAACGCCCUCUCUCUUCCAUGUGCCCGACCAUCGUUCUCAAGGAUGGGAAGCUGAAGGCUGUGGUCGGUGCCAGCGGUGGAAGCAUGAUUCCUGCCGGGACGCUCGAGGUGUUCCUCAACCACUUUGCUAAGAAAAUGGAUCCAUUGUCUUCUGUCAUGGCGCCGCGGGUUUACCACCAGCUGAUUCCGAACGUGGUUCAGUACGAGAACUGGACGACGGUGAGCGGCGACCACUUCGAACUCGACGCAGCGACGAGAGCUGACCUGCGGAAGAAAGGCCACGUCCUGGCGCCGCUCGCCGGGGGAACCAUAACUCAACUCUUGGUGCACAAUAUCGAGACCCGCGGGGACCUCACCGCCGUGAGCGACCCGAGGAAAGGCGGCUUCCCGGCGGGCUACUGAACUUCCUUUUUUAAAUUUCGUUUUUCUUAGGGAAGACGUACUACAAGAUGCUGUCCCAGAGAGUUCGUCCGCGUGCUACACGUGCUAUUCUUGUAUUGGUUCAUGGAGUUCAUUUACUCCAUACUCCAGAAGCAAAUACUUGUCCAAUAUUCUGUACAGGGUCUGUCUAUACACUAGGCGCUGUCUAUACACUAGGCGCCUGUUUUUCAUAACAAAACAGACGCCUAUUUUGAGAAACAAAACCAGUCGCCUGGUUUCUGACACAAAAGCAGGCGACUAUUAGUUGA